CAGCGUCUGAAGCGCUCCCUCUCCUUUAAGACCCUGAUGCGCAGUAAGAGUGUGGAGAACUUCUUCCAGAGGUCCUACAGUGACGCCCGUCUCCCCCCUGACUUCAUCACCGACCCGCCACCCCCCUCCCCGCCCCCUGGCUCUCCCCUCGCCAGUGAACGCUCACCCUCCCUCUCUCCGUCACUCAGCCCCAACCCCUCCCUCUGCUCCCACUCCCCGUCUCUAAGCUCCUCCCCCUCGCUGUCUUCCAAGGCCCCGCCCCCACCCCACCUGACGCAGGUGACCCACUGCUUCCAGGAGCACGUGUUCCGCAAGCCCACCCACUGCCAGCUCUGCAAGCACCUGAUCGUGGGUAACUCUAAACAGGGUCUUCGGUGUAGAACCUGUAAGAUGGGUGCUCACCUGUGGUGCACCUCAGAAUUGUCCCAGCAGCCCUGCAAUGGAAAGUCUGGGGUCGGGGUGUUCAAGCGGAACUUCAGCUCUCCCAUGCUGGUCAACGAACAGCUGGCUGUCGUCAAGGAGGUGCAGCCCACCCAAGGGGCAGGCCGGGGGCGGGGGGACCCUAUUUACGCAGCCCUGCGCUAUGGGACGUCCCUGGCACAGAUGAGCCGCUCCAGUUUUGGGAGCGUGUCCGAGUCACCCACACACAGCCAGGGUGAAGGAGGAGAGGAGGGGGAGCAGAGGCAGUACAGCAUGGAGGAGGAGAUGCCACAGGAGACAGGGGAUCUGCCUCCGUGUGAAAACGAGAAGGCUGAACCUGAGGGUGGGGGCAGCGAGCAGCUCCAGGAGCCUGUAGAGGAAACCAGCGUGAAGGUUCCCAGGCGUAUUGAGGUUCACUCCAUCCACACGUAUGUAGCGCUCUUCAAGUUCCUGCCUCAGGAGCACAACGACCUCGGACUAGAGCCUGGUGAUCGGGUGCUGGUCACUGAUGAUUCUAAUGAAGAGUGGUGGAAGGGAAAGAGUGGAGACAAGGUGGGCUUCUUCCCUGCUAACUUCGUUCAGAGGGUGCGCCCAGGGGAGAGGGUGUGGAGGGUCACCCACCCUGUCCCGGCCAGCCGAGGGAUGGGCCACAUGCCAGUGAAGGAGGAUCAGAUCUGUGUGGGGAAGAGUGAGGACGGUGAGGGUUUCCUGAAGCUGAGCAGUGGGAAGAAGAGAGGACUGGUCCCUGCUAAAUCCAUUGAGGAGAUCUAAAAUCUGUCUCAACACCAGCCCCCCGUCUCUCUCUCUCUCUCUUACCAGCACCCUGUAACCUCCCCACACACCCCUGAGGAGGACCAGCCAGUCCGGGGGUCCUCCAACACCACCAUCGUGAGGCCCACCACCCUACUUAAAUGAGUGGGGAGCCGUGAUAGUUCAGCUUGUGAAUUCCAGGUGAUGGGGAGGAUGCCUCAGCUUUAUCCUUGCUGACAUUGUCUCCUCCACCCUAUUGUAGCUGACAACCCAGACUUGAAAGGGUUGGCUUCCCUUCCACAGUGGGUUGGCCUAGGUGUUGUGGAGGACUACCUAAGACCCCAGUACCCCAUGUUUUCCUGCUGUAAUGUACCUUAGUCUAUUAGUGAACUGGGUUGGUCUGUAGUCCACACCACAGGGGUAAGAGUUUUAGGACUGAAGGACUGGCUGCUGUGGACUCCAGUAACUUCCCUCGGGAUGGAAGGAGACUAUUUUCUGUCUGAUGAGUCUGGUCUCUGUGUGAUUUGACCAGUUCUUUUUCACUGUCCUCUAUGGCUGGAUAUCACGAGGCUGAAGAAUGCAGGAUUAAGGCCGUCACACACUAUACAGUCGAAACGUGGCGCGUUCUGUUUCGCGCAUAUGUAAUGACUCAAAUGUGUGACGUUUUGGUGUUUGGCAGGUUUUUUUUUUGUCUGUUCGCUCACACAACAUUUUUUAUUGGGGCAAGUUGAAGUUCAGUAGCCGACGUCUACGCCCUUUCGUCUGUCAUUGGUCAACUGUAGUGUUUUCAAAUGAAGGUCCUUUUAAGGGAGUACGAGAGCACAGUCGUGUGCGGACACCUAGCCGAGUUCUGCCAGGAGCAAACGGAACCUAGUAUUAGUAUACGUUGCCUUAAUCAGGAGGAUGCACUUGUGUUGUGUGUGGGGGGGUAAUGUUCCUGGUCACUGCAUGGAAGAAAACAUUUGUUCUUUCUCUGAUGAACUAGAACAAGUGUCACACUCCUGAUGGCAGCAUCACAGAUGGACGCCCACUAUGAUCACAGUAAUUCAUUAAAGAGGUGACCGUGAAGGAGAUAAUUGCAUGCUGAAGGAUGCACUUGUUUCAAUGUCGGUGUCAGUGAGAUGUUCAAGAUACCGCCGAUGGUUGUAGGUUUCGGUGCUUGCGUUUUCUCUCCCCUGUUCCUUUGGUCCACCUCUCUCUCUCUGUCGCUCUCUCUGUCUCUCGGCCUCUCUCUCUCUCGGCCUCUCUAUCUCUCUCGGCCUCGGUCUCUCUCUCGGC